CAAAAUUUUGUCUGGGCGGUAUCAGCUCAUCCAUUCAUUUCUCAUCCCUAGAGGUUAAUCCGGUGCACUUCAUUCACCGGCUCCAGUAUGGCUAUGGCAAUCUACUACCAGGUCCCAACUCAAGUCUGAACCUUCAUCCUGCCUCCUCCAGCAGGACGAAAGAAUGGCAGCUGCAACCGCAAGGCAGCUGCUGGUCCACAGGAUCCUUUGCUCCUGCUCUUCAGGGACGCUUCCAAAGCGCACCUUCAACAGCCAUGGCAGCUCUGCUUCGAGCUGCUUCAAAGCAGGAAAGACCGAGAAGCUCCCCGCCAGUUUCAGGUUAAGGGUGGCCCUGAAUCCUCCGCGUGCCGUGCUGGGGAAGGGCGGCAUUGUGCCUGACGACGGGGUCAGCCUCGGCACCGUCAAGCUGCCUGCCAACAUCGAUUUGGCUCGGUUCGAGGCCUUGCUAUUUCAGUGGGGAAACAGCCUGUGCCAAGGCGCAACCUUGCCACUACCGGUGCCUCUCAAGGUGGACAAAGUCGACGGUGGGAUCAGGUUAGCAUUUGUUGAAAUCGACGACGGCGCGGUGCAGCUGCUGGCCUACAUCGAUUGCCUGGUGUCUCCAGCGACCGAUGGCUCCGGGUUUGUGUUCCGGGCGAUCAGGAACGGUCCCAUGAAGGACAUGGAACCACCUGGGGAACCGAGGAUCAUGAGAAGCCUCCUUGAGGCGCUUCAAAAAUCUAUUCAAAUUGCUCGAGUUUGACAAGUUUGCUCAACUUCCUCCAAGUUGACAAACCUGUUCAAGUUGCACAAGUUUGACAGUCAAGAAGAUGAUGCAGCAGGGUUAACAUACGCUAUUGUUACUUGUAAUUCCUGUUUUUCAAGUUCUUUCAUGUCCUCUCACAAAAUGAAGAUAUAAAUUCCAUCAGAGGAAGCAACAGUAAACGGCUCCACUGUCCACAAUUCUUUCUCCUUUAUUGAUGAUA